AUGGUCCGCCUCAUCACGCACAACAUGCUGGCGUGCCAUGUCCGCAACUGCAACACGAACAACUUCCCGCUCGCGUUCUCAGACGUCGAGCUCGUCGUGCGCCCCGCCGAGGCCAACUAUGACUUCCUUCGCCGCUUCUUGCCGAAACUCGACUGGGCCGCUCUUGUCGACACGGCGCGCUCGCUCGGAGACGAGUCGCUCCCGGACGAGAUGCCCGAGAUGUGGGACGACGAGAUGCUCCAGAAGCUGCACCAUGUGCUCCUUGAGUGCAGUCCAGCUAACGCCCAGCUUCACGUCGAGGAGGGCAAGAUGACGUGCCGCAACUGUGGACACAUCUACCCGAUCCAGAACGGUAUUCCUAAUAUGGUGAGUUAG